AUGGAGUCCGAAAUCCAGGCGCGCAUACCCGGCAUUGAUCAUGUGAUAUCAGAGUACUCCGUGGGCUAUCUGACACACGCUUCCAAAGCGUAUGUCGAAGACGCUGACCUCGUGGAUCAGUCGCCGCUGUCAGAGGCUGCUGACACCGUGACGUCGCUGCUCUUGUCCGCCUCCGGUGACUUUAGCCCCGAGAAUGAGGCCGCCAUCAGGAAUCUGGUCGAGAAGUUCAUCUCCGCCUUGAGCUCCGCCAAUGGCGUCGACGCGGAGCGCCGGCAGAUGCCCUUUGCGGCAAAGAAGCUGGACCAGACCAUCCAUGUAGGCUCUCAGCGCAAUAUUUCUUCCACCCUGGGCCUCUCGGGCGUCUCCAUAGACCUCGAGGCGGCUGCAACUCGAAAAGUCGAGUCUCGGGUGGACAAGAAGAAGCUUGAAAAAGCCGAAAAAAAAAUUCGAGCCAAGCAAGACAAGAAGAUUAUGAAAAAUGUUGAGUACGAAGCGUCGAAGUUACUCAAUGAGCCUGACAGUACACAAUCGUAUGAAGAGUUCUUCAUGGCUGUAAACCCCUUGCAACUGGGGUCGGAUUCCCAGACGAAGAGCAAGGACGUCAAGGUCGAUGGAAUCGACAUCUCUAUUGCGGGAAAUCGUAUAUUGACAGAUACGUCCCUUACUUUGGCAUAUGGACGACGCUACGGCCUGGUUGGUCAAAACGGUAUUGGAAAAAGUACACUUCUACGUGCGCUUAGCAAGCGAGAAGUCGCCAUUCCAACAUAUAUUUCAAUUCUUCACGUGGAACAGGAGAUCAAAGGUGACGAUACUCCAGCUUUGCAGGCUGUUCUUGACGCCGAUGUCUGGCGAAAGCGCCUUUUAGCGGAUCAAGAUAAAAUAUCGGCCCAAUUGGCUUCUAUUGAUACCGAAAGGUCGACCAUGGCUGAUACAUCGAAGGAUGCCCUACGGUUGGAUCAGGAAAGAGAAGCUCUGGAUGUCACUCUAGCGGAUGUCCAUGCCAAGCUGGCAGAGAUGGAAUCUGACAAGGCUGAGCCCCGCGCAGCGAGUAUCCUCGCUGGCUUAGGCUUUUCCCCGGAGCGGCAGCAGUAUGCGACAAAGACAUUCUCUGGUGGUUGGCGUAUGCGAUUGGCAUUGGCUCGUGCUCUAUUUUGCGAACCCGAUCUUUUGCUUCUGGACGAACCUUCGAACAUGUUGGAUGUGCCAUCCAUCACGUUCUUGUCUAAUUACCUACAAACUUACCCAAGCACCGUUUUGGUUGUGUCUCACGACAGAGCAUUCCUCAACGAAGUUGCCACGGACAUCAUUCACCAACACUCGGAGAGAUUGGAUUACUAUCGGGGCGCUAACUUUGAUUCGUUCUAUGCCACGAAGGAAGAACGAAAGAAGAAUGCGAAACGGGAGUAUGAAAAUCAGAUGGCUCAACGAGCGCAUCUCCAAGGCAUAUAUAAUGCCGCCAAAGCUUCGGAAGCUCAGUCAAGAAUCAAAAAACUUGAACGAAUGCCUGUGCUCACUCCCCCUGAGAGUGAAUAUGUUGUCCAUUUCAAGUUUCCAGAUGUUGAAAAAUUAUCGCCCCCAAUCGUGCAAAUGACCGAUGUUACAUUCGGUUACAUGCCGGAUAAGAUAUUGUUACGGAACGUUGAUCUUGACGUACAGUUGGAUUCUAGGAUUGGUAUUGUUGGGCCAAACGGUGCCGGUAAAACCACUGUUUUAAAACUCCUUACCAGCCAACUUCAGCCUUCCUCUGGCCUUAUUUCUCAGCACCCCAGACUUCGUAUUGGCUUUUUCGCCCAGCACCAUGUCGAUGCACUAGACAUGAAUACAAGUGCUGUUGGUUUUAUGGCGAAAACUUACCCUGGGAAAACAGAGGAGGAAUAUAGACGCCAUCUCGGAGCCUUCGGUAUUACCGGUAUGACUGGCCUUCAAAAACUUGAACUAUUGUCUGGUGGUCAAAAAUCCCGAGUGGCUUUUGCGUGCAUCUCGCUAACCAACCCCCACAUUCUUGUCCUUGAUGAACCGUCCAAUCAUCUCGAUAUUGAAGCAAUGGACGCCCUCUCGGAAGCCCUUCAAAACUUCCAGGGAGGCGUAUUAAUUGUAUCUCACGACGUGACGCUUCUUCAAAAUGUUUGCACGAGUUUGUGGGUUUGCGACAAUGGAACAGUAGAGAAAUUCCCUGGUGAUGUUAAUGCCUAUAAGAAGAGAAUUUCUGAACAGGCCAACGCAGCAGGGGUAGUCGCGGCGCAUUGA